AGGAAGGGGCGCUCUCUCGUCCCUAGUCCCAGGUUUCCGAAGGCUUAGAGCCGGGAGCGAAUUGCAGCUGAUCCCGGAUCCCGACCGGGACGAAGCGCGAUCCCGCUUUUCCCGGGAAGGAAACGGGGAGGGGAAUCGGCUGCUGAGCCGGCGGGCUCGCAGCCGGCUGGCUGAAGCCUCGAGAGGAAGAGGAGGAAAGUUGGGGGGGGGGGAUCCCGGAGCGGGUCCUGGCCGGGCUGCCCCCGGAGAUGGCGGAGAGCUGCUCCCGGGCGGCGGUGGCGGUCCUGGAUGGAGGCUUCCAGCUCAACGCUCCUCGGUCCCAGGAGCGGAGGCUGCAGGGUUUGGUGUCCUUUGAAGAGGUGGCUGUGUAUUUCACGGAGGAGGAGUGGGCGCUGCUGAAUCCCAGCCAGAGAGCCUUGCACGAGGAGGUCAUGCUGGAGAAUUCUAGGAAUGUGGCCGCUCUAGCUUUUGGGCUGGAGCACGAGAACUACAAGGAGCCCAGCAUAAUCGUAUUCCGAAUGAUCAAAUCUGAAGAAGACACGCCGGUUGAUCAAGAACCAUCGCAAGGGCGUAAGAAAAGCUGUAAAGCGAAUGGAGGGAAGGAAUCUUCUGGAUACAGUGAAGUCCUUUAUCUCCCAACCCAGGAAGUUGACCAACAAGAAGAAGAGGGGAAAUAUCUCAGAUAUAGCAAAGAAGACAAAGAGAACUCUGAUUUCACUAAAUAUUGUGCAACCCAGACUGAAGAGGAACAAUGUGAAUAUCAAGAGGAUGGGCAAAGUAUCAGCUCUACCUCCUACCUUGCUUUACAUCACCCAUCAUACAUCCAAGAGACAUCAUACGCAUUUAUAAAUUCUGGGGAAAAUUUUAGUUUCAGCCGUCAUAUAAUUUCCCAUAAAGAGGAGAAGCCAUAUGGAUGUGGAAUGGAUUUCAGUAAGAAAAGAUUGCUUCUUUUACCUCCUCCCCAAGUUCCUCCAAAGGAGAAACCCUAUCAAUGUCUUUGGUGCGAAAAGACAUUCACUCAGAGAGGGAACCUCUCUAUACAUGAAAGGAUCCACACGGGGGAGAAACCCUAUCAAUGCCUGGACUGUGGGAAGACUUUCGCCGAGAGAACCAACCUUGUCACGCACAAAAGGAUCCACACGGGGGAGAAGCCGUACAUAUGCCUGCUGUGCGGAAAAAGGUUCAAUCAGAGCGGUCACCUUACGAGGCAUCAACGGACCCACACGGGAGAGAAGCCGUAUACGUGCCCGCGGUGCGGGAAGAAGUUCAGCGGGCGCGCCAGCCUUCUGAAGCACGAGAGAAGACACGCGGAGGAGAAACCGUACCGAUGUACGGAGUGUGGGAAGAGCUUCCACGACCUCGGUGUCCUCGAUUACCACAAAAAGAUCCACACGGGCGAGAAACCGUACAACUGUGCGGAGUGUGGAAAGAGCUUCAGGCGAGAGUCUCACCUCGCGAAACACCGAAGGAUUCACACGGGGGAGAAACCCUACCAAUGUUUGGAGUGCGGGAAGAACUUCCAUCUGAAAAGCAGCCUUCUGCAGCAUAAAAAUAUUCACACGGGGGAAAGGCCCUACCGGUGCUCGGAAUGUGGGAAAGGCUUCAGUCAGAACAGCACUCUUUUCCAACACAGAGCGAUUCACACAGGGGAGAAACCGUACACGUGCCCGGAGUGCGGAAAGAGCUUCAGUCAGAACUACAAACUCUUGCAGCACAAAAGGAUCCACACGGGGGAGAAACCGUACAAGUGCGAGGAAUGCGGGAAGCGUUUCAGUUGCAGCAGUGACUUCAGCUGCCAUAAAAAGAUUCACACGGGGGAGAAACCGUAUAAAUGCCUGGAGUGCGGAAAGGGUUUUAAUAAAAGGAACUGCCUUACAUCCCAUAAAAGGAAACACACGGGAGAGAAGCCCUAUCAAUGCACCGAGUGCGGAAAGCAGUUUUCUUAUAAUUUUGUCCUCCGAUACCAUCGACAAACCCACACUGGAGAGAAACCGUAUAAAUGCACGAAGUGCGGAAAGGCCUUCAGUAGAUGUUCAAAUCUUAAAAUCCAUAUAAGGAUCCAUACGGGAGAAAAACCAUAUAACUGUCCGGAGUGCGGAAAGAGCUUCCGUAAGGAUAGUGACUUUAUUCGUCACAAAAGGAUCCACACGGGAGAAAAACCGUACAAGUGCCCGGAGUGCGGGAAGAGCUUCACUCAGAACGCAAACUUAAUCAAACACAAAAGAAUUCACACAGGAGAGAAACCGUACAAAUGCGCGGCGUGCGGAAAAAGCUUCAGCCAGAAAAAUCACCUUUCACAACACCAACAGACCCACAAAAGAGCCGCCUGCAACGGCUGGUUGAAGCCCCGGGAGGAAGAGGAGGAGAAGGAGCUCCCGGGGGUGUGUGGAGGGAUCCCGGAAAGGCUGCUAGCCGGGCUGCCCCCGGAGGGCCAGCUGAUGAAGAUGACCACAGUAUCUCCUGAAGGCGGAAAAGAUCUUUCUAGUUUCCCUCUGGAGCAGCUUUUAGGUUUCUCAGAGGAGGAUCCAAAUCGGGUAUUGUUGCCAGGGAAUCCAAGGCUAUUGAUGGAAACCACUGAAACAUCUUCUCCAUGUGGUGGAGCUGCAACAGCUCAGGGCUUGGUGUCCUUUGAGGAGGUGGCUGUGUAUUUCACGGAGGACGAGUGGGAGCUGCUGGAUCCCAGCCAGAGAGUUUUAUAUGGAGAAGUCAUGUUGGAGAAUUCUAGGAAUGUGGCCGCUCUGGCUUAUGGGCAAGAGCAUGAGAAUAACAAGAAGCUCAGCAUGGUGGUAUUCCAAAUGAUAAAAUCCGAAGAAGACGUGCUUGAAAAUCAAGGACCAUCACAAAGGAGUACAAAAAGUUGCAUAAUGAAUGAAGGAAAGAAAUUUUCUCCUACUGGUCACAAUGAAACCCGUGACCGCCUAAUCCAGCAAAUUCCCCAACGAGAAGAGGGAAAAUAUCUCAGACGUGCCAAAAGAGACAGAGAAAAAUCUGAUUUCAGUAAAUAUUGCCCAAUGCAGAAUAAAGAGGAAGAAUAUGAAUAUGAAGAGAAUGGGCAAAGUAUCAAUCCUAUCCCCUCUCUUGCUUUACAUAACGCAUCAUACAUCAAAGAGACACCGUAUGCAUUUAUAAAUUGUGGGGGAAUUUUCAAUUUGAACAGUCAUCUUAUUUCCCAUAAAAAUGAGGAACCACAUGAGUGUGGGAAAGAAUUUAAUCGGAAACAGUUGCAUGUUUUACCCCAAAAAAAUCCCUCAAGAGAGAAACCCUAUAAGUGUCCGCAGUGUGAAAAGACUUUCACCCAGAAAGGUAAACUUGCCAUACAUGAAAGGAUCCACACGGGGGAGAAAACCUACAAAUGUCUGGAGUGUGCAAAGAUUUUCACCGAGAGACGUAAGCUUAUCAUACAUGAAAGGAUCCACACGGGGGAGAAACCGUAUAUAUGCCUGGUGUGCGGAAGGAAAUUCAGUCAGAGCGGCAACUUAACAAGACAUCAGCGAACUCACACAGGGGAGAAGCCGUAUACGUGCCUGCAGUGUGGAAAGAAAUUCAGCGGCAGUUCAAACCUUACGAUCCAUGUAAGGAGACACACGGAAGAGAAACCGUAUAUCUGUUCGGAGUGCGGGAAAAGCUUCCGCGACAACAGCGUCCUUGUCUGCCAUAAAAGGAUCCACACCGGAGAAAAACCGUACAAAUGCGCGGAGUGUGGAAAGAGCUUCAGUCAAAACAGUAGCCUCUUGCGACAUAAAAGAAUUCACACAGGAGAGAAGCCGUAUCAGUCCCUGGAGUGCGGAAAGGGCUUCCGUCAGAAAAGCAGCCUUUCGCAACAUAGAAGAAUGCACACAGGGGAGAAACCCUACACGUGCCCGGAAUGUGGAAAGACCUUCAAUCAGAGCAGUCAUUUUAUUUGCCAUAAAAGAGUUCACACGGGAGAAAAACCAUACCAAUGCAUGGAGUGUGGAAAAGAAUUCAGCCAGAACAGUAGCCUUUCGCAACAUAAAAGAAUUCACACGGGAGAGAAUCCAUUCAAAUGCGCCGAGUGCGGGAAAAGCUUCAGUAAAAACUAUAAACUCUUGCAGCACAAAAGAAUUCACACGGGGGAGAAACCGUACAAGUGCAAGGAAUGCGGAAAGAGCUUCAGCUGCAGCAGCUAUUUUAUUUGUCAUAAAAGGAUUCACACAGGGGAGAAACCGUAUAAAUGUCUGGAGUGCGGAAAGGGUUUUAAUAAAAGCAGCCGUCUUACGUCGCAUAAAAGAAAACACACGGGAGAGAAGCCAUAUCAAUGCACGGAGUGCGGAAAGAGAUUUUCUUAUAAUUUUGUCCUCCGAUACCAUCAACGAACGCAUACCGGGGAGAAACCAUAUACCUGCCUGAUUUGUGAGAAGAAGUUCAGCGAUGCUCAAACCUUAGAAUCCACAUCAGGAUCCACACGGAGAAACCACAUAAGUGUCCGGAGUGUGGAAAGAGCUUCCGGAAGGACAGUAACUUUAUUUGCCAUAAAAGGAUCCACACGGAGAAAAACCAUACCAAUGCAUGGAGUGUGGAAAAGUAUUCAGCCAGAACAGUAG